AUGGAUCACAGAGGUCUUUAUUGUCCAGGCGAGUUGGACGUGUUGUAUCAAGAUCGAAAUAGAUCAGAGACAACCAUUUGUUACCCAUCGCCUUCACCUGCAAAGCGAGGAUCAUCUUACUACCCGGCUGGCCCAAAGGUCCUGGAAGAGUCAAAUCUCGAUCCAUUCUACCUCGAAGAAUCGUUGGCUGCCACGCCAUCUUGGAAUCCUUACACAUCGGAAAUGCGUAAUGAUAGCUUUGAAGACGCAAACCAAUACUACACCCUGUCCUUGAACCACAACAAGGACAUCGGCAACCCACUACAAUACCCCGGACCAGACCGCUCCACACUUGCACAGGUCGAGUUGGAGAACAGCUUGAGAUUCCACCGAUACACUUCCUCCACGGAGGAAAACAGUCCGCUGCAUAGCAGCCACGUCUCGUUCAGCUCCGUUCAAACAGACAGCACUACUCCCGACUUAACACCAAGCAGCUCAUUCUCUUCUUCCUACGAUUCACCAAGCUGUCCCGACGCCGUUCUAGAGGCCACUCAGCAGCUAUACAAACACGCACACGAGGUCCAGAUCGAGCCCCGUCGGCGCUUCUAUCUUCCUGCAUCUACACCACCUACAUAUUCUCUUCCCCCUCCACCUCCCCCGCCGGUGGCGCCUCUCAACCCUCCUGAUACCCGUCCCACUACACCUUGCUUCCAACACUCAAACGACUCUACUACAACCAUCACCAUGGGCUACGAAGAUGUCACAGGAUCCUGCUCCUCGCGGUCCCGCCGUAGGAGGCAGCCUCCUGCCGUCCUCAACCUGACGCGUACGGCGAGCUCCCCAAGCGCAUCUCGUCGCAAACAAUCCAGCCCUGGAACGCGCCCUCCCCUGGACCCUUCCAUGAUCUCCCCUCCAUCGCUGAUCAACCCCGUUACCAUGGAACCCCACAUGACUCACUUUGACCACCCUCUCUUCAUCCCCGCCAACGACUGCCCUAGUCCCGUUCCUAGCCCCGUGGCUAGCUCCCCACCAAUCUCCCGCCAGUGGACCGCAACCUCCAUGGAGCGGCCUUCUAUCUCUACUAUCGAUGCUUUCUGCGAGCAGUCUGUUUGGGAGUCCGACUCCGAGUCCGAGUCUGCUGGCCGUAAAUCCAUGUCUCGACGGCCCAUCGACACACUGCGCAAGGUCCGCAGCCGUGCUAAGCUCCGUGCCGCCAAGUCACAGCCCAGACUUCACCAGACUAUGCUUGAUGGCCAGGCCUCUGAGCAGUUCCCGUGCUUGUCAGAGGAUAUCCUCGGAGAGCCUAUCCCUGAAGCCUUCCGUCCCAGCAUGGACCGCCCCAGCACUAGCAAGGACGCUGUCCGGCCCAACAAUGCCCUGCAGACAUUGCGCCUUGUUGCUCCUUCCUCCGCUUCUCUGACUCGCCCUCCUCGUUCCCGCAAGAACAGCAGCAUGAACAGCUCAGACGUUGAUCGUUCUGCAGCUGCCGCCUUCCAAGCCCAAUUCCGACGGCGCCAGCGCUCCGAAUCCCCGGAAUACCCCACUUCAAACUCUUCUACUUCCGACAAGGGUGAGAAGGAGAAGUUAACCGCAUUUUGCUACGACCAGUACGCCCACGCCCCGAUCACAGCAGCUCGCGAGCAAAGGCCCCUCUUCGAGCGUUUCAUGAACUCCCUACGUUCAUUAAACUGCCAGAAACCCCAAAAGUCUCACAAGAAGACCAAUGUUACCACCAUCUGA